AAAAUUCUUAAAAUAAAGUCCAAAACAAUCCUACGAAAUGGCAAAAAGGAUAUUAGUAACAGGUGGUACCGGCCUGGUUGGAAAAGGAUUAGAAGAUAUAAUCAAGGAGGAAAUUUCAAAUGGAUUAAAUGACGAAAAUUGGUUCUUCAUUGGCUCCAAAGAAGGCGAUCUAACAAACUUAGAUGCUGCCAGGUUGAUUUUUGAAAAAUAUAAGCCCACGCAUGUCGUACAUUUGGCUGCAAUGGUCGGUGGUUUAUUCCAUAACAUGGCCAACAAUCUAGACUUUUUGAGAAUGAAUUUGCAAAUCAACGACAAUGUCCUUCUCUUAAGCCACGAGUUCAAUUGCACGAAAGUUGUGUCGUGCCUAUCUACAUGCAUAUUCCCGGAUCAAACAUCAUAUCCCAUUGAUGAAACGAUGAUCCAUAAUGGGCCGCCACAUUCCUCAAACUUCGGUUACAGCUACGCGAAACGGUUGAUUGACAUCACGAACAAAGCGUACUACGAGAAAUACGGCCACAUAUUCACAUCAAUUGUUCCCUGCAACAUUUACGGUCCACACGAUAAUUUCCGUCCGGAUGUCAGCCACGUAAUCCCGGGAAUGAUACAUCGACUGUAUCGCACCAUUUACCAAGAUGAGCCCGACAAGCCCCAAGAAGAAAAGGAAUUUUAUGUUUACGGAUCCGGCAAGCCGUUGAGACAAUUUAUCUACUCGAGAGACAUGGCAAGAUUGAUCACAUGGGUGGUUCGUAGCUACGAAAGUGUUGAGCCGAUCAUUCUGUCCGUUGAUGAGGCUGCCGAGGUGUCCAUAGCCGAUGUGGCCCGGUCGAUUGCACAGGCUUUCCAAUUUAAGGGGAAAAUUACUUUCGACACGUCCAAAGCCGAUGGACAGUUCAAAAAGACUGCAUCGAACAAGAAGCUUAGAAGUUUUCUUCCGAAUUUUGAAUUUACCGAAUUCAAUACGGCCAUACAGAAGACAGUCGAAUGGUACAUCAAUAAUCAAAAUGAUGUCAGGAAGUGAAUUGAAUUUUGGAAAUUAAAUGGAACGAUGUUGACGUUA